AUGAAGAAAGGUGCGGAAACGGACGCAUUUUCGAUACAGAAGAGGCCCUCGUACGCGAUGAUUCCAUCUUCAGUGCAGAUGAUGUUGGCGCAGUACAAUCACAUGCAGCAACUGCAGAUGGCGCACAACGCACAGACACAGUACGCCGAGCUCUUACAGGCAGCACAGAGGAAAGACAGCGCGAUCAAAGCACAUACAGAGACUAGCACAGGUCGAAAACGAACGUAUAACGAGUUUUGUGGAUACUCGGACAAUGGCUCGGAAGACAACCAGGAUUCCAAGAGACAUCAGAGUGACAUUUCAGGCACAACAUCGUCAUCCCUGGUGCUCCGAGAGAAAACAGAAGCUGGUCCGUUAUUACUGAAAAUACUGGUUCCUGCCUACGCCGCCGGAUCAAUAAUCGGUAAAUGUGGACAAACGAUCACGCAGCUUCAAAAAGAUUCUGGCGCCGUCAUAAAACUUUCAAAGGCGAAGGAUUUUUACCCAGGAACUACAGAAAGAAUAGGACUCGUAACAGGCGAUGCCGCUGCUUUGAAACAUGUUUACCGAUUCAUGACCGAGAAGACAUUCGAAUUUCCAGUUCCGAAAGAUAUGGCGAUUCAAAACGGUGAUAGACAUAAACAGGCUAAGAUCAUUGUGCCAAACACCACAGCUGGCCUUAUUAUUGGGAAAGCGGGCGCAACUAUUAAACACAUUAUGGAAUCGACGGGCGCGAAAGUGCAGCUCAGCCAGAAGCCCGAGCAGAUCAACCUACAGGAACGUGUUAUUACUGUAACUGGCGAGAAAUCGGAACUGUACAAUGCAGGGGACGUGAUUUUGGCAAAAAUCAAAGAAGACCCCCAGUCCGGCAGUUGCCCCAAUCUUUCCUACUCUGGCUUCGCCGGCCCCGUCGCUAAUGCUAACCCCACCGGCUCUCCAUAUGCCGAUGCGAGUUUGAUAACUGCAUCUACCGGUGGUGGGAUAAUGCUCCCGAUCGCAUCUACCACGCCCAUCAUGACACAGGCCCAGAUGGGCCUCGGCACGCUAGGCAUGACAGGGCUCGGCGGCUACACAAUGCUGCCUAAUAUGGCUGCAACGAAUUUCCAGCCAAUAUUUGCCGACGCCACAGGCCAGCUUGCGAACUUCAAUAUGGGACUGCAGCAGAAUGCCGGCCUUCCGCUCGCCUGCUUCGCCGCUCAGCAAGCUCAAGCAACUCCGUCCAGUGUCGAUUUUCCAAAAAUCGAAGCUGCAGCUAAACAAGAAAAGUCCGACAAUUUUGGGAUAGACCUAGAUUUAGGACUCGAGCUUCAAAGAAAACGCGCUCAGCAAUUACAAAACCUCUAUGUAUUCAAAAACUGA